GGCAAAACAUGUGAUGUAAACCCCACUUUCUUCUUCCUUUGAUCUGCAACUGUAACAAGCAAAGGAAACCUCAAACGAAGCCAUUGUUGAACUAAAAAAGAAAAACACAAAAGGGAAAGAGGAUUCGAAGGACCAAAAGUGUUGAACUCAAUUGAAACCCUAGUUAUAGUAGAGUGAUGAUAGUAGUGUUAUGUCGUGAUCGUAUGUUGCGGUUCCCAUCGUAAUCGCCACCAUGAUCAACAACGGGAACGGCGUGAUUCCGAUGUCGUCUUCGUCGGGAACCGCACAACCCUCUGGUUUGAAGACAUAUUUCAAAACCCUCGAAGGCCGAUAUAAGCUUCACUACGAGAAGACUUACCCUUCCGGUCUUCUUCACUACGCCCAUGGCAAAACCGUUACUCAGGUAACUCUGGCACAUCUCAAAGACAAGCCCGCACCUUCAACUCCAACUGGGCAGUCUUUGAGUUUCAGUGCCAGCAGUGGUGUACGGUCCGCUGCAGCUAGAUUGUUGGGAGGAAGCAAUGGAAGCCGUGCUCUUAGUUUUGUUGGAGGAAAUGGUAGCAGCAAGAAUUUUGCUGGAAACACUAGGAUUGGUUCGAUUGGUGCCUCUAGUUCAAGUAAUUCAAUGGCUAAUUCGAAUUUUGAUGGGAAAGGAACUUACUUGAUCUUCAAUGUUGGGGAUGCAAUUUUCAUAAGUGAUUUGAAUUCUCAAGACAAGGACCCCAUAAAGUCUAUCCACUUCAGUAAUUCAAACCCCACAUGCCAUGCAUUUGAUCAGGAUUCAAAGGAUGGGCAUGAUUUGCUCAUUGGCUUGAGCACCGGUGAUGUUUACUCGGUGUCAGUGAGACAGCAAUUACAAGAUGUUGGUAAAAAGCUUGUUGGGGCCCAGCAUUACAACAAAGAUGGUUCUGUCAAUAACAGUCGUUGUACUUGUAUUGCUUGGGUGCCUGGAGGUGAUGGUGCCUUUGUUGUUGCUCAUGCUGAUGGGAAUUUGUAUGUAUAUGAAAAGAACAAAGAUGGUGCUGGUGAUUCUUCAUUCCCAAUUCUCAAAGAUCAAACACAAUUUUCUGUUUCCCAUGCACGUUACAGUAAGAGCAAUCCAAUAGCCAGAUGGCAUCUAUGCCAGGGUUCAAUUAACAGUUUUUCUUUCUCAACUGAUGGGGCAUACUUAGCAACAGUUGGAAGAGAUGGUUAUUUACGAGUGUUUGAUUACACAAAAGAACAACUUAUAUGUGGUGGGAAAAGUUAUUAUGGUGCUUUGUUAUGUUGUGCUUGGAGCAUAGAUGGAAAAUAUAUUUUGACGGGUGGAGAAGAUGAUUUAGUUCAAGUUUGGAGUAUGGAAGAUCGCAAGGUUGUGGCAUGGGGUGAGGGACACAACUCAUGGGUCAGUGGAGUGGCUUUUGAUUCAUACUGGUCAUCACCUAAUGCAAAUGACAAUGGCGAGACUGUUAGAUAUCGGUUUGGUUCUGUUGGUCAGGAUACGCAAUUGCUUCUGUGGGACAUGGAAAUGGAUGAGAUUGUAGUACCCUUGCGACGUCUUUCUUGUGGAUCCCCGACUUACAGUGCUGGAAGCCAGUCUUCUCACUUGGACACUGUUGUCCCAUUGGGUACCUUGCAACCUGCUCCUAGUAUGCAGGAUGUUCCAAAAAUCUCUCCACUGGUUGCCCACCGUGUCCAUACCGAACCACUUUCCGGCGUGAUAUUUACCCAGGAAUCUGUACUUACUGCUUGCCGGGAAGGGCACAUAAAAAUCUGGAUGAGACCUGUGGUUGCUGAUAGCCAAUCAUCAAUCAACUCUGAAACCUUUUUAGCUACUAGCCUCAAGGAGAAGCCUUCGAGUUCGAGUAAGAUGGGCAAUGCUAGCUAUAAACAUUGAACUAAAUCUUGGUAAUACUCCGAAGGGAAUUUUCAGCAAUUUUUGAUAUGGUUUGUUUUUCUUUUUUAUCCGGUUGGUUUCCUAAUUUUACCAUGCUGAUUGUAGUAAAGAUAAACCAACUGGUUCUAUUGUAUAUUCUGGGAUGAGCAUGCCGUUGAUGGCACUGUGGGGAUGUGAGGGUGAGUUCUCUCCCGCCUCCUACUGUAAGUAAAAAACCGGCUCAUUAGGGUAUGUCUGAUUACAGGAAUAAUGUGAAAUUGGUUCUUGGAGAUCUAUACUUUGGAGUCAAUA